CUGUUUCAGCUGGGUCUGUCUCAUCUCUAGAAGGAAAUACCUACAUCUUGGAAUGUAAACAGACAUAUUGAAACAAAAUUAACUUGGGACUUAAGAUUAAUUGCAGUGCAAUUCAAUGUCACCAGAGUAGCUUUGGAGGUACACUUAAGAGAACUUAAAGUUAACAUCUUUAAUACUGAAUAAAAAGUGAUCUUAUGAAACUGGAACUGAACGUGAAAAGGGUUAAAGUGAAGAAGACUGAAACUUGACCUCGUUCAAAUUCAGCAACACUCAAACCUGACAGAAAUCCACCUCGACAUAAAUGACUCUUAACAAAAUUAACUCAAUAGAGUAAGACAUAACUUUACUCACAUCUAACUUUGCUUAAUCUUAGCAACACUGAAAUCAUAACCAAACAGAACCGAACUAACAAUCCAUAUCCUUAAAAGUCUGGAUGUAACCGCAGUGGGCUCGCCCUGCGCUAUGCCGAGCCACAGCGACUCGGGCUCAGGUCCGCAGUGCGGCCGGCAGCGCCAGAGCGGGGACAGGAGCCGAUCCCGGGCAGGGCAGCGGGGACCGCCGGGAGAGCGGGCGGGAGCCGGAUGGCCGCGCCUCCGAGCCCAGCGUGACUGCGAUCCCGAACGCCGAUUGGGCCGAGAGCCGCCCACAAGUUCUGUUCAAAUUUUUGGCGGCGGCGCAUUCGUGUCCCUGCGGAGCAGAGGCGGCUCCCGGAGCUCGGAGGGGGCUCCCGCCAGGUGGGAUGGGGGGUUGUGCUCCGGGGCUCGCUGCGGGCGGAGGGGCCGCGCUGAGGGGCACGGGGGGUUCUGGCGAGUUCCUUGUGCCGGCUGCCCCCGGUCACUGGUGUGAAAACCAGAAUUCACUGCUUAGUGGUUUUAAAAGCUUAAUUAUAAUAGUAAUGAUAGUGAUAGGAUAAAAAUGGGCAAUAUUGCCAGCGCUGGGUGCUCCUGGUAAACAGCCAAAGAACACACAAGGAUAUACAGACAAUGUUAUAUUAAUACUGUUACCUCGCUAAGAGACAUGUAUAUUCAUGUCUUUCAUGCAUUAUUCAAACAUUCUUUCGAUCUUUCUGAUGUUUUGGGAGCUCCUUUAGGACUUCUUCACACUCCAGCUUAUCUGCAUGACUUCCUGCGUGCACGGUCAAUAUAUUUUAUUUCUUUUGGGGCCUCCAUCCUGCUGUUUCACAUCCUCUGAUAAGAUUUUAGCUGGCCUCCUUAAUUUUAACAUGGUAUUCUCUGCUUGUCCUCCGGUGCUCUGGUUUGUGUCACAGUUAUCUCACCACUUGUGUGAGAAACAGCUGCUCGCUUUGAAAAUUUAAAAAGGUUUAUUAAACCUUAAGAAAACUACAACAAAGGACUAAAUAAGAAAAAAGCUGCAGCGCUGAGAAAUGCCCCUCGUGCAUAGCAGGUGGCCAGUCGUCUUCACGAUGGAUGCUCAGGCUUUUAUACCCCUGGGGUUGCAUCAGCCAGCCCUGGCCCCUCCCAAAGUCUGUCAGUCAGCUCUUCUUUGCCAUUUAUUGGUGGAAGUUGGUUUCUUGUAACUUGAUUGGAGGUCAGGUGUUGCCUUGCCUCACUCCUUCAGCAACAAGCCCCAUGCAAGGUGCUCAUGUGCACGCCUUCUUCUGCCUGUCCUGGACACCCCCUGCUGUCUGAUGGGUACAAUACAAAGGGAAAAGGGAACUAUGGGGAAAACAGAGGACAUCUGAACUACAACAACAUAACUAUACAUCACUAAAGCUUUUCUUAAUAUUCACACAAUAUUACCCUUUCAAUUGCUAGAGCAAAUAACCUCAUUAUCUACCUAUAACAAUUGGAUGGGUGGCUCAGUGGAUAACUUUACACUGUUUUUAGUUGCACAAAAGCCUUUUUCACAUCUGAUAUUUUGUUAGGGUAGAUAACAGUGCAUUCAUCACACUGCUAUUUCCAUAAGUGAUACAUAGAUGUCAUAUACUUUACACUACUAUGGCUGUGAGCAAUGCAGUGCAUAAUUAAGCUGAUACAUUAUAUUACAUUAUAUUAUAUUGUAUUGUAAUAUAUUAUAUUAUAUUAUAUUAUAUUAUAUUAUAUUAUAUUAUAUUAUAUUAUAUUAUAUUAUAUUAUAUUAUAUUAAGUAUUGACCUAAAAAGAGUUAUAAUUGAUACUAUAUCGAAAUAGCUAUAAUCGCUAACAACAUGCAUGGGCUAAUAGGUAAAUGUGAAAGCCAAAGUUAUCGGGUCGUUUUUCACCCGGGCAGGGAGCCCCAGCGGCCGUGCCGGCUGAGCUCGGUGUCGCCGGGCUGCCAGGCGCCGGGGCAGGGAAUGCGGGGACAAUGGCGAGCAGCCGGCGCUGCUGGCUCCUGGCCCUCGGCAGGCGCACUCGGAGCCGCAGCUGCCCCGGGCCAGCAGCAGGCGGCAGCUCGCAGCGCUGUCAGCGCCUGUCCCGGCACGGAGCUGGGCUGCAGCGGCUGCGGAGCCCCCGGGCCGGGGCUGCGGGCACCGCGCAGCUCCCGCAGGCUGCGCUUGUCUCCGCAGCUGCUGCCGCAGCUCUGGGCAGCGGGGACAGCGCAGCCAGAGCUGGCAGCGCCCUCCUGAGCCUCGGGCUGCCGCAGGGCCGGCACCAGCAGCGACCUCUCUGCGUGUCCCUUGCAGGGUGCCAGCAGCGCGGCUGCAAAGCUGCUCCCGAGGCCGAGCUCCCAAAGGAGCUGUCAGCACUCCUGAUGUCCCUGGAGCAAGAUGCUGAGUGUCCCAUGGAAACAGAUUCUGGCUUUGGGCGAGAGGGCAGUGAAUUCUGUUCCAUUCGUGGAGAUCUGAGUGAGGACCUGGACGAGGAAUCAGCAACACGGAAUAUACACAAAAGAUUGCUGGGUGAAUGGUUCAGGAGCCAUCCCGUGGGCACGGCGCUGCUGAUUCUGCUGCUCCUGGUGCUGCUGCUGGCUUUGGGGGCGGCCUUGGCUGUGCUGGCAGCAGCAGCAGCAGCAGCACAGGUUCCAGUGACACCUGCCACUCCGCUGUUGGUUCUGGGCUGUCCCCCUGGCUGGGUUGGCUACAAUGGGGUCUGCUACUAUUUCUCAAGGGAUUACAGCAGCUGGGAGCAGGCUGAGGAACGGUGCUCGGAGCUCGGGGCCUCCCUGGCCAUUCUGAAGGAUGAGGAGGAAAUGGGUUUGCUCUUCCGCCUCCGCGGCAACGGCGAUUACUGGCUCGGGCUGCGCAGACGGGGCGAGCGCCUGCACUGGGGGGACGGCAGCAGCUACAGCUCCCGGGUUCCUGUCCUCGGCAAUUCCGACUGUGUGUACCUGGCUGAGGAGAGAUUCAGGAGUGAGAACUGCUCAAAGGAGCGGCCGUAUGUCUGCAGCAAGGCCCAGGCUCCCCUGUAACAGGGGCUGCAGAAAGGACCUUCUCCACGCUGGGCAGUGCCAGCUUCACCUCUCAGCCCAGCCCAGGGCUGUCCUUGCUCAGCUGCACCCUGUGCCUGGAGUGAGUGCAUUGCCCUCAUUAUAUCUGGGAAAUACGGCUUACUAUUUACACUUUUUAUGAAUGUUUUUAAGAGAAAAAAUGUAUUAAGUCCAACACUGUGGUCCUCAGAUAUUUGCCUACUUAACUUAGACUGUGUUUUCUAUAUGUUGUUUUCUAGGGGUGCAUCCAUAUUUUUAAUAUUUACAUAAUAUAUAAUUGUUAUAAAUAUGAUUCUUAAUUCGGCUGAAUAAAAGAUGUAUCAAAAUA